CAUCUUGCUCUGUGGAGUACGAAGAGGCGGGAGCGGUAAUUUUGGCCUCUCGAUCAGUUUCUGAGAAAGAAGAGAAAGGAAGAGGUGAACGUGUUAGGACUAAAAGCGGGUAGAGACGCUGGUAGUCUCAUUCCUCUGCUCUGGAGUUCUGGUUCUUUUCUCAAACCGAUUCGCAGGAUUGAAUUUCACGGCUGUUGAGUUGAGGCGGCGGCAAGAUGGCGGUGGAGUCUCGCGUUACUCAGGAGGAGAUUAAGAAAGAGCCCGAAAAGCCUAUCGAUCGUGAGAAGACCUGCCCUCUCUUGCUGAGGGUUUUCACUACCAACAAUGGGCGCCAUCAUCGAAUGGAUGAGUUUGCCCGUGGAAAUGUGCCUUCCAGCGAGCUGCAGAUCUAUACCUGGAUGGAUGCAACUCUGAAAGAACUGACCAGUUUAGUUAAAGAAGUCUAUCCAGAAGCAAGGAAGAAGGGCACACAUUUCAACUUUGCAAUAGUUUUCACAGAUCUUAAAAGGCCUGGUUACAGGGUGAAAGAGAUUGGCAGUACAAUGUCAGGCAGAAAGGGCACAGAUGAUUCUAUGACUCUGCAGUCACAAAAGUUUCAAAUAGGGGAUUACCUUGACAUUGCAAUUACUCCUCCAAAUCGAGCACCACCUCCAUCAGGUCGCAUGAGACCAUAUUAAUUUUUUGCUUUCUUCCAAGGACCACACCAUCUGCAUUGUCAUGUUGAUUAGAAAAGCCUCCUUUUAAAAUUGUAAAAUGAGAAUACUAGAAAGUUCACUAAGGAUGUAAAGCUAUGGCUUCCUGAUAUAAGGGGAGGCCAUAAAAUCAUUUGGAGUCUCAUCUCUGAAGUCCUGUGACACUGGUGCUGUGAUUCUGAAUGCCAAGCCCUGGCACUACCCCUCUUGAAGAUGGUACAGAAAGGACAGUACCAGCUGCCUCUCUGAGUUUACAAAGUCUUGCAGAGGGAGGGGCAUGGUGGGUGGGGAAGAGUCUGGGGUUGGCCAUGGAGUUUCCAAAAUGGCACCCCAGUCUCUUUCCUCUGUGGUGCUUCAUCUGUACAGUUGAAAAUGGCAGUCUAAAUGAAAUGCAGAAUGGGAGCAUGGCAUUGAAAAUUGCUGCAGCUACACUAUGUUGUGUAUUGGAAGCAUAUAAGCCUCUACAAUUUGGAGACUUAGAAGCAUUUCAAGGGUGGGGGUGACAAAAUCCCUAGUUCAGAGAAGUACUGAAAUUGUUUUUUAAAUGAUGUUACUGGUUUAUUGUUUAGAAGAGUGCUUGCUAGCAGUUAAGAGUUAUUUCUUUAGUUAGCUGAAAAUGGGACUGCCCAGUGUUUCCAGUGUGUUUAAAGCCUGGCCAUAAUAACAAGUAGUCUUUUGCAUUGUUGAAACCUUUUAUGGAGCAAAUGUAUUAAGACCAACCAUUAAUGUAUGUGGCAAGACUAAACCAAGGUAGUAUACUUAUUUCAUUAGAAUAUUGUUGAGAUUUAUUAUGAAAUAAAUCAAAAUGUAAAUGAA